CGAAGCCAUGCGGCAAAGCAAGGUGGCGGCGAUCUCGGCCGUUGUCGUCGUUGUCAUUGCGUCGAUCGCAUCCUACAGUCAAUCGACGACCGCCAUGCGUCUGGAAGCCGUGAAGAUAAAGAAUGCCGAUGCGAACUUACAGGGCCAGACUGCGCUCGUGGUUGGCGGAACGUCGGGCAUCGGCGAAGGCAUUGCGCUUCGCCUAGCUCAAGCCCGGGCGAAUGUUGUGAUCGCGGGUCGCAACGCUGACCGCGGGAACGCCAUCGUGGCCAAGAUGCAGGCGAUCCACCCUUCUGGCACGUACCGCUUCUUGCCCGUGGAUGCCCAAUACAUCGGGAAGAUCCGAGGACUGUCGGCGGAGGUGCCCCACAUCGACAAGCUAGUCUUGACUCAAGGCAUUGCGACAAUCCAAGGAUACACUCCCACGUCGGAAGGCAUCGACCAGAAGCUUGCCCUUCAUUACUAUGGCCGCAUGGCGUUCAUCGAAGAAUUCCUACCGAGUUUGCGGCAGUCCAAGCACUCGCCUCGCGUCCUCUCCGUGCUGAGUGCAGGUGUGCACUCACCGUACGACAACUACGUGAACGACCCCGAGCUCAAGUCGUCGUAUUCUUUGAAGAACGCUGCAGACGCCGCCGGUUUCUACAACGAUCUCAUGCUGGAUGCGUACAGCCAAGCGCCGGCCAACGCAGCGAUCGCAUUCGGUCACUCCGCGCCGGGAUUUGUCGCCACAAAUUGGGGAACUGAAAUGCCGUGGGCGAUUCGUAUGAUCCUGAAGCCGCUCAAGUUGCUGGCGAAAUCCAAAACCGACUGCGGCGAGUUUAUGGCCGACUUUCUCCUCCGAGACGACAUGACUCCAGGAAAACUGCACUUGAUGAACGCAGUGGGCGAUCCGGCUCACGUCACGGCAGCGCACACGCAGGAAGCCGUCGAUUUUCUCGCAGCCCAUACCCUCGACCGCCUCAAGCAGAUCUAGUGAGCCAAGGGACUCUGGCCCACAGCAGUAGAGAGGCUUUUUUACUGUCGUAAACUCUGGCGACGUAUACAAUGUGGCCGUCGAUUUUGAGGAGCAG